AUGGCCUUGAAGCUCUCCAAUGUGCUCCGUACUCUCUACCGGCCGCUUGCACUUGGGUCAUUCCAGCACCUCGCAAGCUUCAUCCCUCAUUCCUGCUUUCGCGAAGUCCAUGGUCGGUCGUCGGGUGGAGGGUUCUUGCUCGAGGAAAUGCGAGCACUAUGGUCUCAAAUCUCUCGACCAAGAUUGAGCGGUCCUCCCUCUUUCGCGUCGUCUGAUUCAAUUACGGGCAUACUGAUCCGGAAAACCACCACAGCACCCUUAAGACGACGCCCGACCUUCAACGAUGUCUUCACAGUCUUGUUGACUCCUGUCCUCGCCGCCGCCCUUAUUGCAGAUACGAGUUGGAAGGCAAAGCAACGAAGAGACUGGGAUCAGAAGCUCACAUGCAUAAAAGAAGAAAUAGACGAACUCAAACAACGGGAGGCGCAGGUCUGGCAGUCACUUCAGCUACGGUCCUUCCGAAAUGUAAUCUCCCAGCAACGAAGAGGCUAUGCCACCGCAGUACAUGUCCGGGAACAACCUGAAGAGACGGACUUUGACAUCGACACGCCGUUAUGGGCGGGCGGAGAGCGUGACCCGUUAUGUCACAGGGUAUCCUCCAGAGAGGCGACAGACCCCAGUGAUGCACAAUCCAGAUCUAGGAAACAUGCCGAAGGCAUGUACUCACCUCAGGACAUGGCCAAUUUCCAUCGUUAUCACCGACUCAACGCAAUCAUGCUGGCUAUCAAAAUGCUUCUCCACCUCCGCAUCGGACCAAGCCCUUUUUUCGAGAUGUUCCCUGGUGAUGACGACCUAGACAGGGCAGAUCUACAAUUUCCCCAGGACACCAAUCAGUUGGUUGAAUUAUUGAAAAUGACUCGAAAAGAGAUUCGCCCCCUCAAGAAGUGGGAUGACCUCUUUAUAGUCGCGCCACAGAUCGAAGCACAGGCUAAAAGGGGAGCCCUUACUAGGGAUAUAAGAAAGUUGACUCAUAGUUUUGACGAGGGUAAAAUUCCCCUUACUGACCUGGUGGAUGGAUUCGGAAAGGCACUCAUGCAGUCAGAGGAGAUUCCUUCUGUCUGGGCCUAUACUGGACUUAUUCGAAGCCUCUCCAAGAUAGGGAGCUUCAGUCUAGCUUACCAUGUGACCGCCGCUCUGAAGAAUAGCACCCUACCUCUGUCGGACGAUGCUAUCUUCCACAUCAUCUUUCAAAUCGGGAAGGCGUGCGACUCUCGUUCGCUGAACCAUAUUUUGCAAGUUAUUGCAAGGUCAGACAACCAAUUAAAUCUGGAGACAAAAUGGGAGAAGGUGUACAGCAAUGGGUUGGAUCUGCCCGUCCCAGUGUCGUUGCAUCCGGGCAUUCUGCAGGGCUUAAUCUACGCAGCUCUCAGAUGUGAACAGCCAGAGCGCGCCGAAGGCUGGCUAACACUACUGCAAGAGGCGGAUUACAGCACUGUGUGGAAAGACCAUCUGUUUCGAAGCUUUCUAUCCUACUACAGUUCGCACAGUAACUGGGACAGGGGCAAGAUCUGGUUACGGCGAUCAGUUCAACACGCGUUGUCCAUCGCCACCCAAAAUAUGGACGCUCUUUCCCGAGUCAUAUUUCGCAUGCUGGACUUAUGUGUGCGUUGUCGCAAACUUCCAGAAUAUACAAUGAUCCUGGAUGCGGCGGUCAAUGCAGGUAUCACACCACCAACUGUUGCACAAAACCGCAAUAACCGAAAGCCCUUCCACGCUCGGGGCCGCAGCAUUCUGCUCGAGUGGGAGUCCCUUCCGGUCCCGGAAAGUGCAAAGUCCCUUUCUACCGAGGAAAAGGUCAGAGAGUUUCAGGCAGGGUGUAGAUCGCUCUUGGAGGGAAUCCCCAGCCAAACCACACCGAUACAGAGACCCUCACAAGUCGAUGAUAGCGGUGAACUGGUCCUUAUGCCUGCUGCAACACACUUCUUACGGUACUCUGUGCGACGACGACUGAAAGAAGAGGUAUCCAACCCCUUCCAGCGCCAGUUUAGCGACGCCAGUCUGAACGACAUUAUCAAUCUCCAAGGCAAAAUUGCCACGCAAGACGGAGCCAUCGCCACACUCAAGGGCCAACUGGCUAUCGCGGAACAGAAGCAGAUUGCGUCCCAACAGCAGGAAGAGGGGAGGAAGGCAAGGGAGGAAGAAUUGCAGCGAACAACUGCCAAGUUGCAAGACGCACUACGAGAAUCCAAAUCUGCGCUGGAACAGUUGCAGUCCCAAAAUCAAUCCUAUGCGAAAGAACACGCAGAGCUUCGGGGGGAGAUUUCCGAAUUGAAAGAAAUCGCCAGGCGACUCGUGCAGCAACAGAAGCUGGCAAGUGCUGUUCAACGGACAAUGCAGACGCGAUCUCAAGAUGUCGAAGUAGCAAGCCCAACUGCAACAGCUGUACCGACAGCGUCAGUUUCUGCAUCCUCUGCUGCAACGCCGACAUCAGAAUCAACAAAUCCCGCAAUCAAAAGGAAAAGAGCCGCUCCAUUCAAGGCUGUCCCUGGACUCACGUUUCGGCCCAUGCCAGCGGAGAGACAGUCAACUGAACCGACCCCGAUUGUCGACGAUGGAGUUAAGAUCCGAAUGCACGCCUGUCGUGAGCCGUUCUACGCUCCUCGUGCAAAGGGAUGGCAUAGAAUUGACUUUCGGGCAUGA